UAGCCCAAGCGUAUUACAGCAAAUAUUAAAUUAGUAUACGCACACCUCCAAAUUAUUUGUUUAUCCGCGCUUUUUAAAGUGACCCCGAAACGUCGAGUGGGUACAUGUAUGCACCUAGAACGCGUGUGCAUUUAAUUAAAUACGAAUAUGAAAGGAUGGAAACAGAGUGUCCUACAGGUAACACAGCUGUAUCAGUUUUGUAAAGGGCUAGGGGCAUCAUUCGUUAUCUGCAGAUAGAGGGACAAUCCUUCACAAUGUCAUCAGGGAGACUUAACGUCAGCUAGAUAUCAAAAUGAGGAAAAAGUUUCAAAUGAAAAGGUUUUGAAAGAAAGAAAGAAAUGAGGUCUAGAAUUGACCUGUCGGAUUUACAUUUUAAUUUCGAUGAAGAGGAAUCUAGCCAUCUUCCGCCGAUCGUUGUCCGCCAUAUUUCAACUUUCGAGCACAAGUUGAGUAGUGUGAUUUCGGCCAUUUGUCCGACGUCAGAGAACGUCGCAUGGAUCGCUUGUAAUAGUGAUGCCACAGUUGUCCACUAUCAAAUAGAUGGACGGGAAAGGAAACGAAUAUCAACCGAUUUUUAUGUUGAUGAUAUGAAAGUGACGAGGAAUGGAAAUCUGCUUGUGGCUCCGGAUACCGGACAUGCUAUCAAAUUUCUUGACGUUCAGUCUACAGAUGUCAUUGAUUUUGCAAACGUUCACCCAUUUGCAACCCGAGGUCUGCACAUUUCUGAUGAAAACGACAUCUAUGUUAGUAUACGCAGUGAAACUACCGCAAAAGUUGUGAAAAUGACUUCCGCUGGUGAGGUUGUACGAGAGUUACAACGAGAUCGCGCCAAUGUUCCUUUGUAUUCCGAUCCCGAUAAAAUUGCUGUCAACAGCCAUGGUGACGUCAUAGUCUUAGACUGGGCCACGAAAUGUGUCACGUCUGUUGACGUUUACGGACGGUACCGCUUUAAAUACAACGGUAAGAUUAAAAAAGGGGUCCAUUGUGAAAGUUUCGCUCCGACAGAUUUGGUGUGUGAUAAGUAUGACAAUAUCUUGAUCUGUGACUGUGACAACAACGCCGUUCAUAUGUUGAACAGACACGGACAGUUUCUUCGGUUUCUGAUUUCGCAAGAGAAUGGAGUGACCUGUCCGAGUGCCCUCGCUUUGGAUAACGAAGGACAGUUGUGGUUAGGAGAAAUGAAUGGUCAAGUUCACGUCAUUGAAUACUACGCUAAUAAAUAACUUAAAGCAGCAUUAAAAAUAUACUGUGCAUCUGAA